AUGAAUGUGAGCUCCAGGUAUUACACAGCUAUCCGCGGCCGCUGCCCCCUCCCUUCGUCCCGCCUCAUUCUUCCAGCCGCCCCCGCUCGCCCCCCCCGCCCAUCACCACCGCCACCGCGGGAGCGCGGGACGCGGGUCUGCACUGUCCACGAGACUGGAGACGCGGUGCGGGCAGGCCCGCGUCUGGAAGAGAACCGAGCUCGGGGCGACAGCACGAGAGGGGGCGGGGCACAGAGCACGGCGGCAGGGGAGCGCGUCACUCCGCGCCGCGCCGUAGGAGGAGCGCAUGCGCCGCGGCGCCUCGCCGGUCGCGGGUGUCGACGCCCGGCCGGCCCGGCGGGGUGGGACUGGGGCGGGCGGGGGCAGGGGAGCUUGGCCCCCGGCCCGCCCCCGGCCCGCCUCCGGUCGCCUAGCAACCGCCGGCGGACCCGGUGCGGCCCGAGGCCCCGGCAGCUCGGCCCUCGGCUGUGGGUCCCCCCGGCGAGACGCAGUGCGGGAAGCGCCGAGGCCUGCGUUAACCGUUCCUGUGCCGGCAGCUCCGUCGCGGAAGCGGAGGGAAGUCUCACUGUGUUCAUCGCUUACUUUCCCUCGCGGCUUCCCUCGUCCAGCAGGACGUCUCCUUGGGUGAGGAAAGAGAAGGGACAGGGUAAGAGCGCUCCAGAACGAACGCCCCCCCCGCCUUCUGCGCUCGCUGCAGCCGCCGGGCUACGCGCUCCACGAGUGUCCGUGCGCGCGGCGCUGAUGCCUGGUCCGCAGCCCCGAGCAGCAGGCAGCCUGCCCGUAGGGGGCGGAGGGCGGUGCAGCGGCCCCAGCCCCCGGCCUGCAGCGCCGCCCGAGACCUGUCCGAAGAAACCUUCCCACUCCUGCGGCGGACUUGCAAGUCCCAAAAUGGCCCCGCCCCCCCUUUUUUCUAAAUAUUUUGGCCUGACUUGCUCUGGAGUGCAACUUGAAUCCAAGAGGAGCUACUGCUCGUUUUUGGAGUUCGGGUGUCCUCCCCUUGGUGACAUGCCCUAGACUCUUGCCAAGACUGUGAACGGACUGGCAGCCUCUGUUUUUACCUCCUUUCUGAAAACGGUAACCUAGGCUUCGGUCUUCUGGCCUACCUUACGAGAUGUUACGAUUUAUAAGAAGGAAUAUGUAUAUUUGGUCUUCAUUUCAUUCCUGGCGCAAAGUUCCUAAAACCCUCGGAAUUGCCUGAGUGAUAAGAGCACUGGGAGCAUCUUCUGUUCUAAUAUUUGGUCGUUGGCUGUGGUUGCAUUGGUUCCAAGCUCUUGUAUCCCUUCAUCUGGCUGUUCAUCUGUAUCCUUUAUUAAUAAUGUCCUUUAAUAAAUUGGUGACUGUAAGUAAGUGCUUUCCUGAGUUCUGUGAGCUGCUCUAGCAAAUAAUCAAAUCCAAGGGGAGGAGCCAAGUCAGACAGAAGUUGUGGGUAACUUGGGGACCCGCCACAUGUGAUUGGUAUCUGAAGCGUGGUCAGUCUCUUGGGACUGGGGGAUCUGAUGCUAGCUAUCUCCAGGUAGAUAGUGUCAGAAUUGAGUUAAAUUGUGAGACAACCAGCUGGUGUCAGAGAAAAUUGCUAGGUUGGGGGGGAAAAAACCCCACAUACUUGGUGUCAGAAGUUAUCAGAAGUGAAGAGUUCUAUAGAAUAGGAAAGAAGACAUGGAAGGAAAGCCUGGGUUUUUCCUACUACGUAUAUUGGUCUGACUUGCUCAACUCCAAGCUGAAUCCAAGAGGAGCUAUAACUGAUUUUUGGAGUUCACGUGUUCCAGAAUAUUGCCAGGACUGUGGACGGAUUUGCAGCCCUCGGUUUUUUCCCCGUUUUUGAAAACUGGAAUCUAGGCUCCAGUUUUCUGGCAUAUCUUCUGUUCCCAUGAUUUCUCCAGAUUACUAGCAGUGACUAACGCAUAUUUUCAGUACUGGGAACGUAAUAAUUGCUGAAUCAGGAGUCUUGAAAUGAUUUAUUUGGAAAGAUGUCAUCAUAAUAUUAGAAACAUUCUUAAAACAGAGUUUAUAUUGCUGUUACACUCAAACAUAACAGGUCCACAAAUAAGUUCUUUCCCCAGCUCAAACCUCCAUCCAGCUGUCUUUCUCAUCUGAGCUAAUGGCAACUCCACUUCCUUCACUCAGGCCUAAACCUUAAGAGCCAUCCUCAUACACUUCUCUCACAUCCUCUACCCAAUUGGGAAAUUUUGUUGACUCUGCAUUCAAACUAUAUCUAGUAUCCAACACCUCAGCAUCCCCACAGCACCCUGCAUCCCUCACCCAAACAACCAGGUCUCUGCAAUACUGCCCCUCCCCCAAAAGCCUAAUGUCCAUACAACAGCCAAAGGGAUCCCGGCAUUUCUCCACUUAAAACCACGCAGUGGUUGCCCAGUUUACUUGGAGUAAAAAGCCAAACUCCUUACAGAGCCCAACACCAACUAACUGCCCUGCUUACCUCUGACUCAGCCACACUGCCUUCGUUGGUUUUCCUUGAACCCAUUUCAGGGCCUUGACACUGGCUGUCCGCUCUGCUUAUAAAGCUCUUCUAGAUAUUUGCCUAAUUCACUCCCUCACCUCUUUCAAACCUUUUCUCAAAUGUCACCUCAGUCAGGCCUUCCCUGACCAACCCGUCGUGUAACUAACCCUCCUCCUCACUCACAGCAGUGCUAGUCUAUGUUAAUCAGCUCCAGUUUUUCCACAGCACUCACUUACCAACUAACAUAUUUACUGUGCUUGCUACUUACUGACUGUCUACUCCUGCUAGAAUAUAAAUUCCAUGAGGGGAGCCAUAUUUGGCUACUUGAUUCCUUGCUGUAUCCCAAGUGCCUGACCCUUAGUAGGUGCUCAACAAAUAUUUGUGGAAUAAAUGAGCUAAUAAAUGAACAACUAUUUUCAUGAUAGAGUAUUCCCAUCCAGGCCUUUCUCACAUGUAGAUACAUGAUCUAGUAUAUUUUGCAUUCUGAUUUUUUUUUCUCAACAUACCAUAGAUACUGUUCAUAUUUCUAAAUAUUCAUAAUAUGCUUUGUAAAGAUACUUAGAUUUUUGCAUGCUUGUUCUAAUAAGUCAAACAACACAGACUAGCGUCAAGAAAAACUUACCUUCCUUCCUCCUCUAAUCCCACCUGCUGAAGGGGACCGCUUUUAAAUUUAGUGGAUAUCCUUCCAAAUGUCUUCUAGGCCCCACAAAUAUAAACACAUAACAGGUACAGAUUUCACAGUUCAAAGACAGAUAAUGCCUGAAUUGUGACUUUUUUCUAUAACUCAAGUCACUUUUUAUUCUAGGCCUUAUUACUUCUGAUGGCAGAAAAACUAAAUCUAAUUAAUUCAAGCACUUGGGACAACCCAGACGGCCCUGGCAGAAAGGUCUGGAUAAGUAAGUGUUAACGAGGGGAGAGAAGGCCCCGGAAGAAACUGUGGCCUGGGCAACAAGUCUUGAUGGAUCUCGGCAAUCAGAAGGAGGAAGGUGUGUUUCCUGAAAAGGUCUUAGAAAGCAAAAGGAAGGGACGGCAAGGAUCAUGGCCCAUACUUUUCAACUGCCCCUCUCUGUCCACCUGCAGCAGACUCUCCUUCAUGUACUAAUUCCACAAAUGUGGAGCCCCUGUCCUUGUGCUGCUCACCGCCCACUGAAGAAACACAGUGACUACCUCACAACCCAACCCAAGCCACGGAGGGAGGCCCUGGAAGGCCCCCAAGCUCACUACUCAGACUCAAAGCCUUUACCGGGAGGUGAGAUUUAUUCUUGCCGUUGAUCAAACGUGAGGCACGGAGGCAGAGAAGAUCCCAGGACCUCCCUAAACCAUCCAUUUGUGAGCAAUUUCAGGCAAUGACCAGUUGUCUUGGGGUGGUGUGUGUGGGGGGGCAGUAGUGAGAAGAAACACCAAGUCCAAAGGUGCUAAUCCUGAGGGGAUGAAGAGGCUUUGAGGGAAAGGCAAGCAUGCAUCUUCGAGAUAUAUAGACUUGGAAGCACUCAGGAGGCGUGGAGUAGGACGCAAUUCUCUGUGCUCCCUGUAGGCUGUCCCUCACGGAGAGGAUCCCUUAUGGAGACUCCAGGAGCAGGGCUUGAGCAACCUUGCCUAUCCAAGGGUGACUGCUGGGCGGGAGAACCCUGAAGGGGGCUGUGGGGCACAUCGCCAGCAAUUAAAACUGAGGAGAGCAGAAGGAGGCUAAGCCAGAAUGUUCCCCCUCCCAAGAGCAAUGCCUGCAUCCUGUCCAGCCUAGAUCUAUCCUUAAGAUUUAAGAUGUUCCGGCGCCUGGGUGGCUCAGAUGGUUGGGCGUCUGCCUUCGGCUCAGGUCAUGAUUCCAGGGUCCUGGGAUCGAGUCCUGCAUCGGGCUCCCUGCUCCAUGGGAAGCCUGCUUCUCCCUCUGCCUCUCUCUCUCUCUCUCAUGAAUAAAUAAAUAAAAUCUUUAAAAAAAAAAGAUUUAAGAUGUUCAAAGGGAAACAGGGUGUGCAGCCACUCAGGUUGUCGGAUAUAAAACAAAACACCCAGUUAAAUGUGAACUUCAGAUAAACAAGGAAUUAUUGGUAUUGCAGAAGACAUACACUAAAGAAUUAUUGUUUAUCUGAAAUUCAAAUGUAACUGGGCGUCUUGGUUUUGUUUGCUUGCUUUGCUCUGCUAAAUCUGGCAAUCCUAGUGAUAUGUCAACAUGCUCAGUGAACCUGAACAUUUGUGAGGAUGGAAUUAAAGGAGUAGUGGCAGCUUCUAUAAAUAGCUCUGAGUCCUCCAGGCUCCAGGGUUUGGUUACUGAUUCUGGGGUGACAGUACCUUCUCCAAGCACUGAGCCUCUCCUCCUUCUGGGAGCUGUGGAGCAAAGAGAGAGAAUAGGUAAUUGACACAGGCUGGUUUGAUUGUCCAGCCAAAGCAGUAAGCAGUGACAGCUUAGGGACUUCACACCGCCGGUCUUACAGGGUAUGAGUGCAAGCAUGCCCGCAUUUGGGGGAAAGGAGGGGAUAGAGUAGGUUGAGGGGAGAGGGUCAGAGUGUUUUGCUUGUAUUACGUCUCAUGAAACUGCAUCUGUGAGUGGCUGUGUGAAUACAUGGCUAAUAGUAUUUCUUACCGUAGUUAGGGUCGAAGAUGCUUGGAAACCACUGACAAGAGGUUGAUGCUUGCAGGGCAUUAUCGUGAAAACUGAGAUGGAUCAACAGCCAGGAUGAGUUUGCUUCACACUCACAGGCAAGGGUGAGCUUUGCCUUGUUCUGGAACAGUCACCUUCCAGAACCACCUUACCUUUUCAUGGAAUCUGCAGUCCCUUGCGUAUAUGGAUGGCCAAUGCUUCAUUUGAAGUGGAGUUCCUGGUUUUGUGACUUUUGUUCAUUUUGCCGCAAUCACUUACUAAAAACAUACACUGGGAUCCAGCAUUGUUGCACCCAAUCUUAGGCAAUAAAUCUAAUAAUAGAUAGUAUACAAAUACAAUAAAUAAUGUGGGACUAAACACACUGUCCAAAAGACUCUAAAUUUUAUUUAUUUCCUCCUCUAAAAGAAAGAUUUUUCAACUUUGAAAUCUCUGGAGCUCACUUGGCUUAAUUCCUCAGAACUAUCCCAAAUGGUUUUGAAAGAGUCAUUAUUGGGCGCCUGGGUGGCUCAGUUGGUUAAGUGACUGCCUUCGGCUCAGGUCAUGAUCCUGGAGUCCCGGGAUCGAGUCCCACAUCAGGCUCCCUGCUCAGCGGGGAGUCUGCUUCUCCCUCUGACCCUCUUCCCUCUCGUGCUCUCUGUCUCUCAAAUAAAUAAUAAAAAUAAAAUCUUUAAAAAAAAAAGAGUCAUUAUUUCUCUCAUGCACUGAACACACAAUGCUCUUACUUAGGAAGAGGAAGAAAAAAGUGUUUACAGUCCCACUCUGUACAUUAAGAAAUGUGUAUAACAUUAGCUCUUGAUUCAGAAAUUAUAAAUAAAGCUGUUUUAUCAUCCAAUGUUACUGAAA